CUUUCAUUUCCCUCCACACAAUCAACCAUUUGCCUUAUCUCCAAACCCAAACCAAAAUGCCCAGAAAACUCCUUUACCAUUAUUCCUUUCAACUACAACAUUAUGCUCUUUUCUUUGAGCUCAAAAAAUAAUAAUUAAAGGGUAAAAAAAAUAAAACACAAUUAGCAUCUUAAGCUAAAAAAAUGGCUUCCAAACUAGGUGUAGCAGCUUUAACUUCACCUAGGAUAUUUACUGCUCCAACUCCAAAACGCGCAGUUACAAUCUUCUCUGCUUCUUCUUCAUUCAAGGAUGCUUCUGCUCAGUUCAUGGGUGUUCGCCGUCUUGCGGUUCGACGUAGAUUCUUAUUGCUUACCCCCAACGCUGCUACUGAUAAGCAAGGUCAAACUGAAGCAGAAGACGAAAUGGUAGACAGUAAUAUGUUGCAGUACUGCAGUCUUGACCAGAAGAAGGGAAAGAAAUCAAUAGGGGAGAUGGAACAGGAAUUCUUACAAGCGCUGCAAUCAUUCUACUAUGAGGGAAAGGCUGUCAUGUCAAACGAGGAAUUUGACAAUCUCAAGGAAGAGUUAAUGUGGGAAGGAAGCAGCGUAGUAAUGCUAAGUCCUGAUGAGCAGAGGUUUUUAGAAGCUUCCAUGGCAUAUGUCGCUGGAAAUCCAAUUUUGUCUGAUAAAGAGUUUGAUGAACUAAAGCUGAAACUUAAGACGGAAGGUAGUAUGAUCGUUGUGGAGGGUCCUCGAUGCAGUCUUAGGAGUAGAAAGGUUUACAGUGAUCUCACUGUCGACUACUUCAAAAUGUUCCUGUUGAACGUUCCAGCUGCUGUCGUUGCCCUUGGACUGUUUUUCUUCCUGGAUGAUUUGACUGGAUUUGAGAUCACACUCCUGUUGGAGCUUCCAGAGCCUUUCAGUUUCAUUUUCACAUGGUUUGCUGCUCUGCCUGCAAUACUGUGGUUAUCUCAGGCCAUUACAAAGCUUAUUGUUCGAGAUUUCCUCAUUUUGAAGGGUACUUGUCCUAACUGUGGUACAGAGAACCUCUCCUUUUUUGGGACUAUUCUUUCGGUUUCCAGUGGUGGUGCCACCAACAAAGUGAAAUGCUCAAACUGUAGCACGGAAUUAGAAUUCGAUUCAAAAAUGCGUCUAUUGACAAUACCAGAAGGAAGCCAAGCUUAAGGAGAAGACUUUGUGCAAGCUAUUGAAGUGUAUGUUCAGCCGAAAAUGCAAAUGUGUGGAACUUGUGUUAUACCAGAGGAAUAUGUAUUUCUUUGAAGAUUUAGAUGGUUAAGAUCAACAGGCUCUUCUGAACUGCUUGUCGCAAAUUUGUAGGGUGUAAUAGUUCACAAAUAAAUUUCGGUAACCUAUGUAUAUUCCAGUAAACUUCCUGCAUACUAGAGGCAGAGUAAAAGUGAAUAUUCUCUGUAUGUAAUUCUUAUACAGGCUCUUGAACCAUUGGAUUCCAGUGAAACAAACAACUCAAUUAUAUGUUCA